AUGCAUGCUGGUGGCAAUGGAGCCAGCUGUAUCCCACACACCUCCUUCUUCCCACAGGUGGGCAGCAGGCCACUGCAAGCUGUGCUGCCAGGCAGCAGGAACCAGGAAUCAUCCCUCCGUGAGGUUCAUCUGCCGUUACUACCCCACCUGGAGAGCACUCAUGCCUCUGGGAGUCACAGUGCACAGGUGGACAGGAAGAAGCUCAGGCAGGCACCGCCCCACAGCAGUGACUCCAGGGAGGGCAGACAGCAACCUUUGCCAAGGCAGGCAAUGCCACUGGCAGGUGCACCCCAGCAUGCAGCUUCUGCACGUACAGAAGUUCACAAAUUGCCCCCUCUGCAAGCACCAACCUCCAUGCAUUCCCCAAGAAGCAGUCACUAUUCUAUGGGAUCUACAGCUUGCAGACCGCCCCCACUUGUUCCAUGUCCUCCAGGCAAUGCUCAGCAGCAGGAUAUGCCAGCGAGGGCCAAGAACUGGGAGGCAGAUAAGCUAGUCCCUAUGCCCCCCCUCCAACCAGCACAUAAAACAACAAAGUCGCUAGCGUUGGCAUAUCUUAGGCGUCCAGUAGCUGCAAAAAUGGCAGAAGUUUGCCAGAAGCCAGUCGCUGCAAGACCAAAACCUUGCUGGAAACCGGCACGUCCACAACAAGGCCCACCCACCCGCACUGUGGGAGCACCAAGAACAACCGCUCCAGUGCCGGUCCCUGAGGCUGGGAGUGGCCCUGCAGAUGAGGUGCUACCAGAUCCCAGUGCUCAAGAGGGCGUAAGAGAUGCUGAUGGGGCUUCUACCGCAGCACAGCAGGCAGCGGAUGAUGGUGCUGAAGCUGCGGGUAUUCCUCGGGGCAUGCCGUCUUCCAAGGAUGUUGAAAAGAAGAUGCGCUCCUGGGUGAAACAGCACAUGUUCUUACCCUGCUUACUUUGCGCUUCCCGAGACGUUGUUCUGGAGGACAUACAGGAAGAGAGGAAAGACACCCCUGAGAGAGAGGCUGCAGCAGAGGCAGCUGAAGUCUCGCUGAGAACACCGUCUGGCGAGGCAGAGGCCCAGCCUGCAGCUUCUGCUGUGUCUGUGCACCCUCAGGACAAGGUGGACAAGCUGGAGCUCAGGGAGGCACAGGCCCCCAGCAGUGUCUCCAAGAAAGGGAGACAGCCUCAGUCAACUUCUGGAGCAUCUCUCGUUGUUCCUGUACCCCCACUCCAGCCUGCACAUGCCACACAAAAGUCACUCCAGUUGACAUAUCGUGGAUAUCCAGUAGCCCCAAGACCAAAACCCAGACAGAAACCAGCAGGUCCACAGAAAGGCGCACCCACCCGCACUCUGAGAACAAGAACUGCCCAGGUGCCGGCCCCUGAGGCUGGAAGUGGCCCUGCAGAUGAGGCACCAGGUCCCAGUGCUCAGGAGGGCAGAAGAGAUGAUGAUGAUGGGGCUUCCACCUCAUGUUCUGUCGCAGCACAACAGGCAGCAGAUGAUGGUGUCAAAGAGGCUGGGACUUCUCAGAAUAUGUCGGGUGCCGUGUACAUGCGCUAUAGGCCACUCUCCCUUAUGAGAGUGCGUGUGUACUUGUCCUGCAGUCUUUGCAAGUGCAAAUACGUUGUUGAGAGGGAUGUCAGGAAGAGUUGGAGGAUACCCCUGAGCGAGAUGCUGCAGCACAGGAAGCCAGUGAGAACACCAUCUGGUGAGGCAGAGGCCCAUCGUCCAGCUUCCUCUGUGGCUGCUCAUAGCAGGCAUACCUAGCCCCAGCUCACUGCCAGAUGACUUGGGAGACCACAAGCCCAUGCUUUUUUUCUGUGGGACAAUUGAGAAGACAGCCCUAAGUAAAACGGAGCAGCAGAGGCAACCGACAUCCCAGCAAGCAUGUCUAGAGCCCAGUCUCGUGAGGCAGAGGCCAAGCCUUUGGCUUCUGGUGUAGCUGCGAACUCAACAGCACAAGGUCCUUCUAGGUGCCAGUGAGGCUGAUGGUCCACCUUUGCCAGGAUGGUGCUCUGGGCUCUGAGCAGGGCUUUCACCUGAAGCUGCAUCAAGGGACAGCAGGAGGAAGAGUCAUGAGGUUGCUGGCACCAGGCAGCUCCCUGCAGAUGGCUGCUGCCA